GAUGGAACCAUUAAAAAUAUAUUUGAGAAUCAAAAGAGAAAAUAGAGUAUUCUUUUUUGAAUGCUCAUUACUUGAUCCAGUUGAGAUUUUGAAAAGAAAAUUGUUACCUUACUACAAAUAGGAAAUGUAAGAUAUGAGAAUCUAUUUGGGAGAGAGAGUAAGAGAGUAGAUAAAUCUAAAAUUAGUUAUUGGAUGAUAAAGCAAAUUUGUAAGACUAAGCUGUUCCAAAUGAUAGUUGUUUAAUUUUAAAAUUAAGAAAAGGUAUGUCUGGAGAUUGGGACGAAUGAAAUAUUGUUUGAAAUAUAAACUGUAC